UUCACAGCCGAACAUGAAGUCUGCAGUUAUUGCUCUGUGCGCCAUCUUUUUGGCCGCUUUCCUGGUGGCUGGUGCGAACGCGGAUGCGGGUCGCUCCGCCUGCAAGGAUGAGGCCGAGAUUGGCAAGACCUUCACCCACCACUUCGAUGCCGCCAAGUACUGGCUGUGCGAGACCCUCGGCACUCCGGCCACCGAGGUGGACUGCCCCAAGGGACUGGCCUACAUGCACCUGCUGAAGGAGUGCAUCCCCUGGGCCAGCUACAUCUGGAAGAAGCCCGAGAUGCCACCAACUGUGGCCUAA